AUGGAUUAUGUAAUACAUAAAGCCGGAGUGGCCUUUGGAACGGGACGCAAAUUGCUGUCCUGCUGCGAGGCCAGCAAGCUAGAGUUCGAUCCAGAGCCUGAUCCUGAAGCUAUUUCGCCAGACAGUCCUGUUUGGGUAGGCUGUCUGGAGAACGAGGCAACGGGAGCAGACGCCACGGGAGCAGCAGGUCUGGCUUCUUCUUGGCAUGGUGUUCAAAGUCCCCGAGGAGCUUUGUCUGUGUGUAUACUGUUGGGUUGGAAUGGUAUUGGAGGAGCCGUUUCCAGACUGGUACGAUGGCAUCAUGGAGUGUCUGGAAGGCAUUCCACGGGUAUCGUUACCAAGAAUGGGUCCGUUAAUCAUCGUGGUGGACUUGCGGUUCUUUCUAGACGUUGGCUUGAACUGUCUGCUUGCCUGGCGAGACAUGUGGCUCUGGAAAUCGCCAUUGUCGUAGUUUCCUUGAUGACCAUUCAUUCCCGAGAACAUGGACAGGAGGGAAGAUCUGUUGCUGGUUCGGAAGACCCUGCGAAGGAAGACCUUGUGGUAGUCCCUGUUGCGGAACAUAGGUCGGAGACGAUGAUCCGUUGUAGUAUUCUGGACCUGGAGCAGCAGGCGGAACAGGUUGAGCAGGCUGGGCAGGUUGCACAGAGAACGGCUGUUGUUGGUAUUGUUGAUAUUGCUGCUGGUACUGAGCCUGUUGAGCAGCCUGUUGCUGUUGCUGGUAUUGCUGGUACUGCUGAGCCUGCUGGGCCUGUUGAGUCUGCGGAGCUGGCUGCUGGUAGUACGGCUGUGCCGCUGGUGGCAGUUGCUGGGUCUCACGCUGUUGAGAAUAAAUACUAG